AUGAGCAUUCAACGUUCUUCCGCCGAAACCGACGCCAACGUGGUCAUCUCUCAACCCGCCUCCUUCGACGCGCAACAAGCCACCCCAAUGGAUGAAGAUGCCACCAUCGGCGAUGCGUACGACGACUGCGAUAGCGACAGUGGAAGGAACGAAGAUGCCGGGUCCAGUUCCUGCCGCGACCGCGAUGCCGACGACAGCGACGACGAGGACGCCGAAGAGGAACCGCAGCUGUCCCCCCGGCUUGUGGACGCGCGUGCGCUCUACGAGGCCUACCUGCAGACGGGCGAGAAGGACGAAUGGUCCAGCACCAGCAGUGACGGCGACGCCUUGAGCCGUAGCGAAGACGACGACAGCGACGACGACUCCGAUGGCGGCGUCCUUGUGGAGUUUGGAGAGUGGCAAGACCAACGUGCGCUGCAUCGGCGCAACGAGGACUUCCCCUACCACACCUACAAGCCUCCACUCAUCGGCGACGGAUUCCAAGCGGCCCUUCCGUCGCUCCUAUCCGAAGAGCAGCGCCUUCUACUUGCAACCACCCCCACCACUACCGAGGAUCAAGCGGACUCUGAAGAGGAUGACGGCCCGCGACAAGAGGAGCUCAUGUGGUCGCCCGACUCAGUCAAUGAUGAGUUGGUGGAGGACUAUCUUGCGCACGUGCGAGAACUGGUGGACCACGACGACUUCUCGGAGGAGAAGGCCCUGGUCGCCUUGCACAGGCACAGCUAUGACGCCAACGGCGCACUAGCAUCGCUUCUUGUUGACCCAGAACCUUUCCACAAAGAACGUUGGAGCGACGAAGAGAAGAUUGCUCUGGUCACUGGCUGGGGUCUCUACUUCAAAAACUGGCAGAAGAUCCAAACCAUGGUACCGACAAGAUCGACAGGCGAAAUCAUGCAGUUCUACUACCAACACAAGCCCCGCGCGGAUUAUAUCAGGCGCCAGAAUCAAGCUGCUGACGAUGAGAGCGAGAGUGAAGAAAGCGAAGAGGAAGAGCUCAUCGGCCACCUGGACGGCGCGCCUGAGCCGCAGGAAGAGGACAUGGACGACGGGGCCAAAACAACGCCCUCUUCGCCGUCGUCUCCUUCUUCCGGGUUCUCAUCACCGCAUCGGCCGCUCCCGCACCAGACCGACCUCGCCUCUGUACAUAUGCCUCUGGGCGAGGACGAAAGCGAUCACGAGGUUGAGCGCCAGGUGGGCUCGAUCAAGCGACGUUGGGCCGAUCCUCAUGCCCGUGAAGCGGACGACAACAACGACGACAACGAGGGUCUUGAACCGCAACACACCAAGAAGCGAAAGCGCGAUGAAGCAGCCGUGCGGACGCAGCACUACCGCGAAGACAACGUCGACGGCGCCGAUGGCGAGGGGAACGACAAGAGCGAGGAGGACGAAGAGCGCUCCGCCGCAGCAGGCACCAAGCGAGCGCGGCUCGAUCGGGGCGGCGACAACAACGUUGAUCAAGGUGACGACGGCGACGUGUGGAGUAGGGAGGAGGAGACAACGCCAAGGGGCACCGGUGGCCAGCUCGAUGGCGCUUCCUUGUAG